AUGCCUUCUCAAAGAUCAAAGUCAACUGAGGCUUGGUCUAUGUAUCCGCUGCUCCACGAUAGUGUAUCACGCUUGCUGGAAGAGAAUAAUCUCCAUUUUGACUUUCAUGAUAUUGAUGACGCUACAAGUUGCACCAAAGAAUAUGAUACAAAUAUCAUGGGUCGAUUUAUAUGUCGCAACCAUACAUGCAGCUCUGACGGAUGGUCAAGUAAGCGGAUUGCUAUCACUAUACGAAUGUACCCAGGAGCGAAAUACAAUGGAAGGGCCCACAUAAACAGAUAUUUAUGUGAGGGAUGCAGGGCUGGUCAUUGCAGUGCGCUUGAUGCGAGAGCAGAAUGA